UUUCCUGCCCCCCUCCCUGCGAGAAAUGCAUGCUGGGAGCGCCGGAGGAGCCCCUCUUCGUGCGCGAUGUUGGCGAGCGCGGUUGCGCGGGGGGAGCCUCGAGACAAAGGAUACAUCUGGGGAGUCAAGGCUGAGGGAGAACCAUCUGAAGUAUCACUGGAAAAAGCUGAGGAGCAGAUGCAGGAGCAGAAACUGAGGAGUCAAGAUGGAGCAAAGAGACAAGAGGAGAGACAGACUCACACAGGGGACAAAACAUACAAAUGCUUUGAGUGUGGAAAGAGCUUCAGUUGGAGUAGCACCCUUACUUCGCAUCAAAGAACUCACACAGGAGACAAACCUUAUAAAUGCUUGGAGUGUGGAAAGAGCUUCAGUUGGAGUAGCACCCUUACUUCGCAUCAAAGAACUCACACAGGAGACAAACCUUAUAAAUGCAUGGAGUGUGGAAAGAGCUUCAGUUGGAGUAGCACCCUUACUUCGCAUCAAAGAACUCACACAGGAGACAAACCUUAUAAAUGCUUGGAGUGUGGAAAGAGCUUCAGUUGGAGUAGCACCCUUACUUCGCAUCAAAGAACUCACACUGGGGACAAACCUUAUCAAUGCUUUGAGUGUGGAAAAAGCUUCAGUUCGAGUAGCACUCUUACUUUGCAUUACAGAACUCACACAGGAGACAAACCUUAUCAAUGCCUGGAAUGUGGAAAGAGCUUCAGUGACAAAAGCAACUUUACGUCGCAUCAAAGAAUUCACACAGGAGACAAACCUCUUAAAUGUUUGGAGUGUGGAAAGGGCUUCAGUCACAGUAGCCACCUUACUUCACAUCAAAGAACUCACACAGGAGACAAACCUCUUAAAUGUUUGGAGUGUGGAAAGGGCUUCAGUCAGAGUAGCCACCUUACUUCUCAUCAAAGAACUCAUACAGGGGAUAAACCUUAUAAAUGCUUGGAGUGUGGAAAGAGCUUCAGUCGGGGUAGCAACCUUUCUUCGCAUCAAAGAAGUCACACUGGGGACAAACCUUAUCAAUGCUUUCAGUGCGGAAAGAGCUUCAGUCGGGGUAGCGACCUUAAUUUGCAUCACAGAACUCAUACAGGGGAGAAACCUUAUAAAUGCUUGGAGUGUGGAAAAAGCUUCAGUGACAGUAGCUGCCUUUCUUCGCAUCAAAGAACUCACACAGGGGAUAAACCUUAUAAAUGCUUGGAGUGUGGAAAGAGCUUCAGUCAGAGUAGCCACCUUACUUCUCAUCAAAGAACUCAUACAGGGGAUAAACCUUAUAAAUGCUUGGAGUGUGGAAAGAGCUUCAGUCGGGGUAGCAACCUUUCUUCGCAUCAAAGAAGUCACACUGGGGACAAACCUUAUCAAUGCUUUCAGUGCGGAAAGAGCUUCAGUCGGGGUACCGACCUUAAUUUGCAUCACAGAACUCAUACAGGGGAGAAACCUUAUAAAUGCUUUGAGUGUGGAAAAAGCUUCAGUGACAGUAGCGGCCUUUCUUCGCAUCAAAGAACUCACACAGGGGAUAAACCUUAUAAAUGUUUGGAGUGUGGAAAGAGCUUUAGUCGGGGUAGCAACCUUUCUUCACAUCAAAGAAGUCACACUGGGGACAAACCUUAUCAAUGCUUUCAGUGCGGAAAGUGCUUCAGUCGGGGUAGUGACCUUAAUUUGCAUCACAGAACUCAUACAGGGGAGAAACCUUAUAAAUGCUUUGAGUGUGGAAAAAGCUUCAGUAACAGUAGCCGCCUUUCUUCGCAUCAAAGAACUCACACAGGGGACAAACCUUAUCAAUGCUUUCAGUGCGGAAAGAGCUUCAGUCGGGGUAGCCACCUUAAUUUGCAUCACAGAACGCAUACAGGGAAUAAACCUUAUACAUGCUUGUAGUGUUGAAACACCUUUUGUCAGAAUGGCUAUCUUCAGUCACAUCAAAAGAUCCUUUUAAGGGAAGAGAUGUAUAAAUGCUUUGAAUGUGGAAAGUACUUUAAGCAGAGUUCUGCUCUUUCUCUGCAUCCAUACGGGGAAGCCGGGCUUCAAACAGGAUUUUUAUGGGGAGUUUCAGACCCCCGACAAUGUUCUUCUCUUAGCUUAACCACAAACUGUUCCACUUCCCUUCACCCCAUGCCGUGGAGUUGCAAUCGUGGAGUGGGAGUGGGAGUCGGAAGCAAUUUUGGAGGAGUUGGUAGAAAUGUACCAAGUCCGACU